GAGCAGCGCCGCCAUGCCGGGCACGGGCGGAGCGCGGCGGUUCUCCGUAGCGAGACAGAGAUUGAGGGCCACCUUUGGCAGCCGAAAGCAGGUGUACAUCGAAGGCAGCAGCCACGUCCCCACCUCCACCGGCACAGCUGUGCAGAAGGCGGCCCAGGAGCACAGGCAGCGCGAUGUGAGGGUUUUUGAUGACGAAGGAAAGGAUGUGACACCCCAUCCACUCUUCCAUCCAGAUCCAAUAACUGCUGCAUCCAAACAAAGCAAGCUCCUGGCACUGAGCGAUUACUCGGGAGCCACAGGGACAUCAGAAAGCAGCAGAAUUUCUAAAUCAACCAUGUCAAUACCAGAGUCCAUGCUAGAUGGAACAGCAGAACCUGACUCUCUACAAGACACAGCUGUUAGCUUACCUGAUGUACAGGUGAGGCAAGAGGAGAUAAAAGAACAACUGACAGAAGAAGACUUAGACAAGAGAGUGGAUAUUUAUCUCACAGAGACAGAAACUCUCCGGAUGUUGGACUUGCCACCUGUUGUGGUGUCUGUAGAAUCAGAAGAUGCUGCAAGAGUUCUGGAGCGUAAUAAGAUUUAUGUUGACAUUUGCAAAAACAGACCUGGUAACGAUCGCUUUGUAGAGAAAAUGAUGCAAACCAUUAAUGGAGCUGCAAAGAACAAGGAAGUACAAUGUGACAAAAUCAUCAUGGAGGAUAAAGGGAUAGUGGUCACUACGUGUGACUUGUACGAUAACACAUCACAAGUAGAACCUACCUCAAAAGCAGAAGGCAGCAGAGCCCCUGCUGAGAAGAGGAGCACCUCUGUUAUGACUAAAGACCGGGCUACAUCUGCAGCUGCUGAGAGAGGCAGCAUAACUUCUAUGACCAUUUUGGAAAGUGCUGGUCUUGCCAGGGUCCAUGAGGAGAAAUGCCACACAGAAGCUACGUUAAGAUCAGAAAACUUUCAGCAGAAUGUAUUUUUCAUGGAGAGGAUUCUGAUGGAGAAUAUUUUCCAACACAAACUCGCAGCUUAUCGACAGUUUCCUGUCCUUAUCGAUCCUCUUGUCACAUUGGGGGCUGGCAGCACAUUAGCUGCUAUAGAAGAAGCUGAGCAGGAAGAGCAUGACAGGGAAAAGAUGGAUAAGAAAGAGCAGAAGGGAACGCUUACUGACCCAUCAAUUCUGUCAGAGCUAAAUAAAGCCUCAGAAGAAAUGGUACCUCCCAGUUUGGAACAACUGUGGUCCUAUAGGUGUGAUUUAACUCACCAGCACAAUGUGAGCAGCAUGGCUUGGAGCAAAGUAAACCUGGAUCUUUUAGCUGUUGGUUAUGGAGCGUUUGACUUUAAAGAACAGAAGGAAGGCUUGGCAUGCUGCUGGUCGCUGAAGAACCCAAUGUGGCCAGAGCGUAUUUUCCAGUGUGAGCAUGGUGUUACUGCACUGGAUUUUUCUAUGGCAACCCCAAACCUUUUAGCUGUUGGGAUGUACAAUGGUACCAUCGUGGUCUACGACGUACAGAGUUCUGACUCCACUACGGUUUUCCACAGUAGGGAAUGUUCAGCUAAACAUACAGGUCCUGUAUGGCAACUGAAGUGGGUGGAGUGGGAUAUAGGCACAAGAGAAGGUAACAAGAGGGAGAGAUUAAUCUCUAUCUCAGCAGAUGGCCGAAUAACCCAGUGGUUUAUACAGGAGGGACUAGGUUGCAUUGAUCUGAUGAAAAUAAAGCGGGCAAGAAGCAAGAGGAAAAACUUACCAGGUGAGAAAGAAAGGAAAAACGAAGCUAUGAUAUCCCAGUGGGCAGCUGGGAUGUGCUUCGACUUCCAUCCGAAGGACACUUACCUUUAUCUUGCUGGAACAGAAGACGGUCUUAUUCACAAGUGUUCUCGUUCAUGCAAUAAGCAGUUUCUAAAGACAUACAGAGGACAUAAGGGCCCUGUGUACAAAGUCGCUUGGAAUCCGUUCACCACUGACACGUUCCUGAGCUGCUCUGUGGACUGGAGUGUUAUUUUAUGGCACCAGAACUCACAGACACCCAUUUUAACUUUCAGUUCCACCACUACUGUUGUUCAUGACAUUAUGUGGUCUCCAAAAUCAGCCUUCAUGUUUGCUGCAGCUAGUGAAAGCAGAGUGGAAAUUUGGGACCUUAGCAUCAGCAUCUUGGACCCUGUGAUCACUCGCUUUGCCAACCCAGAAGCAAAAUUCACAUCUGUACUCUUUGCUAAGAACACCGACUGCCUUCUGGUGGGAGACAGCAGAGGAGAAGUCAGCGUGUUUGAGCUGCAGAACCUGGCUGCUUCCAGCAGCACUGAGGUUGAUGCCCUGCGUGGUGCAAUCGGUCCCGCUCUAUUUCCAUGAUAGCACUUCUCACCUGGUAAACAGCAGGAAAGAUUUUUCUAGCAUUAUCAUGAACUGUUCAGUGCUUUUAAUUUGUUAGCAUUUACAUUUGAAACCGAACUGGUUAGAAAUAUCUUUUACAUGCUUCAGGUUUUCUGCAGGAAGUCCCCCUUGUUGGAUGACCAGUCUGUCACACCAGUGCACGGAUGAGGUCAGAGAAAGGCCCCAUUAAAGGCUUUUCUCCUUGGGUUACUCAAAAAAGCAGAAGCGCCCCAAAUCCCCUCCUUUAUAGGCCACUCCAUCAGGAACCAGAAUGUGCCCUAAAUCCAUCUUAAGUCCUGGAAUACGGCUGUUUGGCAUCCAUAUCUCCCCUUGUGAAAUUAUACAGCAAAUGAACGGGCUUCUCAUCAGGUCCUUCUUGUCUGCCCUCCCAUGAACUACAACCGAGGCUGAAAGCUGAGCUUUGGAAGGCACGGAGUGCUCCUGCCACCUGCAGACUGCCCCAGCCAGGGAGAAUUAGGGACCAGCUUUUUCAACCUGACAAAUUUGAACGCCACAAUUUAAAUGGACUUCUGCAGCUCUAGAGGGCAGAUCUCUGCUUUAGAGACCUCUCCACUGAAAGACACGGGUAGGGUGAGGACAUAACCCGCAGCUCUUCUAAGUUACAGCCGCAGAAGAGAGGUCCCCCAUCAUGGGAGCUCUGUGCAGUGCUCUGCCCGUCAGCAGACACAGGCAAUAGCUGCUCCUGGAAGCACUGUAGCUAGACAUAUAUUUUAUAUGCACGGAACAUCCAGGCUUUCUCAUUAGGCUCACAAUAAAUGCCCAACGUUUAAACACA